AUGGCGACUGCGGGGUCUGGGGGUAAGAAGAUCACGCUGAAGAGCUCCGAUGGGGAAGAGUUCGAGGUGGAGGAGACGGUGGCGAUGGAGUCGCAGACCAUCAAGCACAUGAUCGAGGACGACUGCGCAGACAACGGAAUCCCUCUGCCCAAUGUCACCAGCAAGAUCCUCUCGAAGGUGAUCGAGUACUGCAAGAAGCAUGUGGAGGCCAGUGCUGCCGCGUCCAACACGAAGACUUCCGAUGGUGUCUCCUUAGGCGGGGAGCGGGGGAUCGAAGACGAGCUUAAGGGCUGGGACGCUGACUUUGUCAAGGUGGACCAAGCCACUCUUUUCGACCUCAUCCUGGUAAGGUUAUUCGGGUGCCGAUCGCACCAAUUGGUCCCUUUUUUGCUGGUUUUCAAUUGUAUUCAUUAUCUCGAUUAUAUUAUUGCGUUCAGUUUAGGUUUUCGUUUCCGCUGAUGUGAUGCAACAUCUGAGAGGUUGGUCUCCGCGAGGAAUCAAUUUCCUUUCUAUCAUCUCGUCUUUAGUGCACAAAAAGGGUUAUCCCCUUUUUUCGAUCUCGACUUGAAUUUACCUUGUCGUCAAAUUCUUGAUGCCAAUUGUGCUUGGAUAGAAUUAGGUUCUUGUUUGACAUGUUUCAUAGGAAAACUCUAUGCAGGGGCUAUUCAUUACUUAGACUCCUUGUUUGGGAGGGAAAUCAUGUAAUGCUUGUCGAACUCGAAGAAAGCCAGCUAUACGAUGUGAAUGAUUUUGGAUUCAUCUGUUGUGUUACCAUUUGGAAAGGAGCGAUUUCUGAAAAUUUCCGUGAAUGUGAAGACUAAAAAUAUAUGGCUUGUGUGUUACAGAUUUUUCAUAUUCAUCAAAGAGCUUGAAUUAUUCAGGAUAACCAGGCAGAUGGAUGAACUUAUCAUUUGUUGUGUCUUUAUUUCGGGUUCUACAGUGUGCCCAAUGAUGGGGAGCUGUGAAAUUGGUACCCAAGGAAAAUACAUAUUGUAAGGGGAUCCAUUUUAUCCAUUGUAAGAGGUUUAGGAUUGCGGUUUCGAAAUGAAUUAUUAACGUCUUGAUGCAGCAUCAUCAGUUAAACAGCUAGUUGCUGGCAUAGAAGGAAUUUUGCGCAGACGUGGUUAGAGGUUUACUCCCCAAAAAAUUUCCAAGUGCGAUGUUAUUAUAGGUGCCUCAGUUAAGGGCCGUCAGCUUUAGAAGAGUUUUUUUGAUUACCGAUUGCCUUUGCGUCGAUUUUUUCUUUAAAAUUCUAGCUGGUCGUUAUGUGUCUGUUUUUUUUUGGCAAUGAUUUAUGAUAAGCUUCCAAACCUGCCUUGGAAGGCUCCUUGGAAAUGCGUUUAUCUGGUACUUCUAAUUUGUCAUUCGGAGAUUACAAUUUGAGGCCGUACAGUAGUAAUCUGAAAUCAGUUUUUGGAAGUGGCAUACGUGGAUAUAAGUCCCAGCAUGAUAUUUAAGGUGACUUUCGUCACGUUUUCUCUAAUUGUUGUGAUCUAGACACAAGUAAAAAUUUGGUCAUUUCAACAAUGUUAAACUGCGAACCGUGAUGUGAGGGGAUUAUGUAAUACACGUGAAGGUAAGGUUAUUUCUUUAUCUUUUAAGGCAAUGAAGGAAACAGAAGUAUAACCCUUGGUGGUUCACUUGUUAUGACUAUUUUAUGUCUCAUUUUUUUAUGUCAAGCCAAAGGACGUUGUGAAGAAUAUGGUGAAAUAUUGUGGGAAAAUUGGGAUGGUGAACCCCUGAAUAUAUGUCUUUAAAACAAAUUAGUCGUGGUGUAUUUGUCGGUACUUGAAGAGAUCACAUGUCUUAUAUCUUUUUUAUUGUCCUUUGUUGAUAAAUCUGCGUUAAUCCUCACGCCAACAUUAUGAAAGAAAAUAUUCGGAAGUGCAGGAAAUGUACUACUUGUCUUAUUUUCUUUAUAAUACGUGGAAAUUGUCCCUCUUUUGUAUAGUUUUUGCUUGAACUUGGUGUAUCUUUUUUUUUUUGGCGAUAUGAAUCAGAUUUUUAAUAUUAAAAUAAUUCAUGAUAUGCAAACCCGUCCAUAUCGAGAAAGUAUCCACUAUGAGAAGGAAUUCACAGUAGUAUUAAUCACAGAACCAUAUGCUGACACCGUAUACUGCCAAUGCAUUAAUCACAGAAGUAUCUUUCUUUUAGUUUCACUUGUUUUCAUCGACAUCAUCAAUCGCCUCGCAGAAUGCUGCAGUCUACAAUGAAUCAUUGCUUGCUUAUGUCUUCGUGUGUGGUAGCAGCAUGAAGAUUAACUACCUGUCCUCGCAGAAUGCUGCAGUCUACAAUGAAUCAUUGCUUGCUUAUGUCUUCGUGUGUGGCAGCAGCAUGAAGAUUUACUACCUGUCCUCAGUGGUUCGGCAGUCCCAUAAUUACUUCUGUUCUUGUUUGACCCCCAUUAGAGAGUGAUAUCCCAUGAUUCAGAAGUGAACACAUUCUUUGAAUCUAAACUUGUAAUGAGAAAGUAUAAUUUUGUCCCAUUUCAAAGCGAUAGUGCGGUUCCUUCCUCAAACAUCUCCUGUUUCUAUGAUGCUGCUUUGACCACAAAUAUCUGAAUAAAGACUCUUCUCUUAUCACUUUGAGUUUCCACUCAAAAGGUAUUAUUCAUUCUGGAUCUUUUAUCCAAAAGAAUCUUGUCUCCCCAAAUCCCAACCCCACCCGUGUGAAUCCCUUAGGUUGAUCUAAGAAAUCUUCUACCCACUGGUUCCCUUCCUGACAACCUCUUACUUUCUUCUCUUGGAUCGACCUUCCUUUUGUUUGUAAGCUACAAAAAAUAUCUUCAUUGCCCUUUACGUAGAUUUCUGCAGGAGUUAAUGUCCCCAGACGGUUAGACCUAUGGCAGUAAUCUUAUGCUCGCCAAGCGUGUAAAUGGCACAGAAAAUAUGAAUCCUUCCGGUGUGGAAUUCAGUCUCUCCAGGAAUCACUCUCCAGUGUGAAUGGUCUGUUCUGUACCAAUAUUGAACUUCUAUGAACUCGAAGGAAGAUUUUGAAUUUUUGGGCAGAUGAUGAAGUUAUAGAUCUUUGGACCGAUGAUGAAGAAUCAAGAGAUACUCGUUGGAGACAUCAUUUUCUGUGUUGUUGGAGAUAUUUGAUCCAUAUAUUCUUUCCCUAGUUGUCCCUUUUUUGUUAUUCAUCAGUUGUGUGAUGACCACCCAACCAGUGGUGCGAUUUCGGUAGUCUCAAUGAGUAUCCUUCAUCACCUCCUUAUGCCAUUGCUGUUCAUUUGCUCAUUUGUGUUCUGUACUUCGCUGUUGUUGAAUCUCCCAGUCAAACUUGCCUCUCCUAUUCAUUGGUUUAUGAAUUUUGGAAAAUUGAAUAAUAAAUUAUUUGUCAUCGUAGAUCCAACAGCCGCAGUAGAUCUGCAACCUCUUCUGGUAAUAUCCGUUUGCCACAUUCGAAGAGAGUGUCUCUCCAUACCGCCCAUCUCAAAUAUCCUUGAUAUGUAUAUCGUUCCCCCCCUCUGCAGAUGUGAUGGAGAUGUGGAUUGAUACUAGUGAAGAUAGUUGAUGGGGAAUGAGGAACCAGUGGAAACUUAGAGAAAAAUAUGGUUUCAAUGCGCAUCAUUGGCAUUAUAAAUUCACAACUGGUGGUGGAAAAAUUGUAGUGAUCUAUAUAUGUUGCACGCCUUAAUCCGGCAGCAUGUUUCUUCACUUUGAUUCUCUCCCCCACCGAGUGAAGCUUUUGGGUAGGAACUCUAGUCUGCCCCAAUCCCCCUCCUCUCUAUAUCUCUCAAUCAAACUCUUACACCCGACUCGAGAAUGUCCAAUAAAUGCAUCGGUAUUUGCUUGCAUAUGGUAGCAAGCUCCUCCUUUUCUCGUCUCUUGCUCCUCUUUUUCCUCUUUUUUGCCUGAAAAAGGAAUAUCUGGUGGGGAUUCUAAUUUCCCUAUUUUAUAUAUAUAUAUAUAUAUAUAUAUCCUUUUUUUAACAAUUUUCAAGUCGGCCCAGAUUUCCUGGACUAGUCGGCAUGCUUUUGCUUCCAUGCCUCCGGCUGGCUUUUCACUGUCACUGCAAUCGCCAUCUCCCUCGGUAAAUCUUGUUGAAGCCAUCCAUCCAUCCAUCCAUCCAUCCAUGGCAUCUCCGUUCAUGGGUGGGGUAUUAUCUGUCCUGAUUUCUCUUUAUUAGCUUUGGCCGAUAUUUACCCAAAAAAUUGUUGCCAGAAAAUAUGAACUGCCCUUUUGCCCCACAAUGUUUAAUUCGUGGAUUAGAUAGGAAAAGAAUAUCACCAGAAAUACGAAGUGAAGUUGGGAAGGAUCGCUCGAGUUGUGAAGUAGGUUGCCAUAGAAGACCCAUGGUGGAUGGCAAUCCCUUAUCCGAGCGUCGUCCUUUCCCUUCACUUUCUCUCUCUAGAAACAGAAGGAUUCCCGGGUCUUUGAGAAGAAGUUUAUCUGCUCCCCACAGUGAUUUAUCUGCUCCUUCCAUCACUACUUCCGAGUCAUCUCUGUUUUCCUCUUUUCUUUUCUUUUUUUUAACUAGAAAUGGUGAUUUUUCUUGGGAUGGAUGGAUGGAUGGAUGGAUGCGUUGGACAUGUCUGUGGUUUGAUUGUUGCCAAUUUGUGUGGCGUUACAGGCGGCGAACUACCUGAACAUAAAGAGCUUGCUGGAUCUGACCUGCCAGACGGUGGCCGACAUGAUCAAGGGGAAGACCCCGGAGGAGAUCCGCAAGACCUUCAACAUCAAGAACGACUUCACCCCCGAGGAGGAGGAGGAGGUCCGGCGGGAGAACGCCUGGGCUUUCGAGUGA